CGCGAACCAAUCUAGGCUACCCCACACUUUUGUAACCGCUAGACUAACUGACAUCCGCCCGUAUCUCGGUUACCUGAUCUUCAACUUCCUUCUUUCCCAGCGGCAGAUAACAGAUACCGUUUCCUUUGCCUGUUGUUAUCGAAAUGGGCGAAACAAACCCUUCAACCCCGCCAGUAGCGCCCACUACCUACCCCUCACCCCAGCAGAUAUCGCCUCAUAUCACGCUACAGCCUCCUCUUUCUCGCCGUGGGAAAGGUCCUGGCCUCAUCUUGGUACUCGACCACUAUGCAUUGAUUGAAUCGAGUGAUAAGCAUCUCGAUCCUCCGCCUCUGCAGAAAUGGGCGGAGGAGGGCUUUGCCGUCGUCCAGCUACUUGUACCGGGAAAUACAGAAGAUGGUGGCGAACUUCCGUUAGACAAAGCGUUGGAGGUACUCAAGGGGUGUGAGGCAUGCACAUUCGGCGAUGGUGUUGGCGUUGUCUCGUACAUCUCCCGCCUUCCCUUCUACGUCGAAGAAGGCGUUAUCCAGCACCCCGAGAUUCUUGCUGUAGUGUCCUAUGGCGGCCGCCAGCUGUCCACUCUCCACGAAGCCGAAACAGCUCUCCCACCCCAACUCGUCCAUGUUUCGGGGCUUAAGGUUGCACGACGAGAAUCAGUGCCCUUGACGCCUGAUCCGGAGCCAACAUCUUCAUCCCCAACUAAGACGCGCCCUGCCGGAAUUGUAAAGACGUUCCGCUAUGAAGAUGCCGCCAGGGAUUCAAACUGGGUGCUUCCCGCCGACCCCAACUACUCGAAACGUAACGCAGGUAUUGCGCACACGAGGAGUGUGGCGUUCUUCAAGCCGUUCUUGAACGGCCCGUACUUCGACCUCGAGGCUGUGUGGGAUGAGCAUUGUUUGUACGAGUUUGGUGAGAGAGCUGUGGAGAAGACGAUGGCUACCAUGGUUGCGCAGCCUUAUGUCAAUCACAUUCCGACCAUGACAGGCGGCAUUGGCAAAGAGCGCCUUACGGCUUUCUACACGCAUCACUUUAUCUUCAGCAACCCCGACGAUACGGCCCUUUCGCUUGUGUCUCGAACUGUCGGCACUGACCGUGUUAUCGACGAGUUCGUGUUCUCGCUCACACACGACAAGGAAGUGCCUUGGCUCCUCCCCGGCAUUCCGCCCACGGGCAAGACCCUCGAGAUUCCCUUCACGUCGGUAGUGGCCAUGCGUGGCGACAGACUUUGCCAUGAGCAUAUUAGCUGGGACCAGGCGACUGCACUCAAGCAACUGGAUCUGCUACCAGAGUACGUGCCAUUCAGAUACCCGAUCGACGGGAAGGAGGCAGCAGAGGGAAAGAGGUUCGAGGUCAAACUGCCGGUGGCGGGUAAGGAGACGUCGGCGAAGCUGGUGGACGAAGGGAGUGGGGAGAGCAACACGCUGAUGGGGAAGACAUGGAGGGAGGUCGAUGAUGCAUGAAGAACACACAGUCACGACGCUACGCUUGCAUGGGUGGACGUUUGUAAUAGAUUUUCAAUUGAUUGGGAC